AUGGAAUCUCUUGAUGAUCAAAUUGCGCGCCAGAGAAUAUUAAUAACAACUAUGGACCAACACUUUGAAAAACAACUUAAAAAUCUUCAAGCUCAGAUAGAUCGCCGAAAAGCAGCAAUACAACCACCAGCACCCGAAAAACCAGUGAGCAAACCAAUCCAACAUCAACAAAACAAGAAACCAUUAAUAUCUCCUCAAACAAUUGUACGUCCAAAAGGUAAAAAAUGA